CCAGCUGCAGUAAAACCCCGAAGAAGAAGAACCAGCGGAUGAAAUCGUAGAAGAAGAAGAAGAAGUUUCUAGUUCUAUGUUUUGUUCGUUAUCAGACUGGCUUUUGGUGGAUGUGGGUCAGGAGAGGACCGCGGACCCGAUGAUAUCAGCUCCCGUCAGUUAGCAGGCCAAGCUAACGCUACCGGACGUCUGCAGUGAGCUCGCGCCUGACCCGCCAUUAGCAAGCAUGUUCGGGUGUUUGGUUGCUGGACGGCUCGUGCAGACCGACGCGGUGCAGGUUGCCCCGGACAAGUUCGUGUUCAACCUGCCGGACUACGAGAACGUGAACCACGUGGUGGUGUUCAUGCUGGGGACCAUGCCGUUCCCGGCCGGUAUGGGCGGGGCCGUCUACUUCGCCUUCCCGGACCCGGUGAGUGGCAGCUCGGUGUGGCAGCUGCUGGGCUUCGUCACCAACGACAAGCCCAGCGCGAUCUUCAAGAUCUCCGGGCUCAAGACCGGCGAGGGCGGGGCGCACCCGUUUGGGAUGAUGGCGUCCGCGUCGCCGUCCGUGGCUCAGGUCGGGGUAUCGGUGGAGUCUCUGGACCAGCUGGCGCAGCAGAUCCCGGUGACCAGUGCCGCCGUGUCCACCGUGGAUUCAUUCCUGCAGUUCACCCAGAAGAUGCUGGACAGUCUGUACAACUUCGCCUCGUCUUUUGCCGUGUCACAGGCGCAGAUGAACCCACACCCCACGGAGACCUUCAUCCCAUCCAGCUGCAUCCUCAAGUGGUAUGAAAACUUCCAGAGGAGGAUGGCACAGAACCCGAACUUCUGGAAAAACUGAACUACCCAGACCCAGAGAUAAACACGAAGGAAAGAACUGGAGUCCACAAGGAAUCAGAUCCCGGAGUCCAGGCUGUGAUCCCUGCUGCUGCCGAGUGAGAGGCAGCAUCAAAAAGUGGAAAUAUUCAUUCUGAAUAAACCAUGUGAGCAAACCAAAGCCAGUUUUCCUGAUGUCUGCAGAUAAAACCAGAAACAACUGCGAGCUUUUUGAGUUUCUUUCUUUCUGCUAAAAUAAGACUGGUGUUUUUUAAAAACUAGAACAUUAGUCGUCCCCCGCAGCCCUGCGUUGGAAUCAGCAGGAGGAUGGAUGGAUGAAGCAUUUAGUCAUUUUUAGCUAUUAAAAGAUGAUUGUGACCUUU